AUGGCACACAAAUUCCCUCCCGUGCAAGGAGGAGGCUCCCUCAUAGUCGCCUGGCAGGCGAAAGCGAAACAUGUUUUAGUUGUCGGUGGUGGAGAAGUGGCUGCAGGUCGCAUCCUCCACGCCCUCAAUGCCGAUGCCAAAGUAACCGUUGUCUGUCCUACCUCCGGCCUCAAUGAUGAAGUGGCAUUCAGGGUAGCAGAGGGACAAGUUAAUCACAUCGAUAGGAACUUUGAGGCUGCCGAUCUGGACGGCGCAGAUAUGGUACUCUGUGCCAUUGAUGACCCAGAAGCCUCGACACAGGUCUGGAAGCUCUGCAAGGAGAAGCGUAUCCCUGCAAACAUAGCUGAUGUACCGUCGGAAUGUGAUUUUUACUUUGGUAGCGUCCAUCGCGAUGGGCCAUUGCAGGUCAUGGUCAGUACCAAUGGAAACGGACCUAAAUUGGCCAGCAUUGUUCGCAAGAAGAUAGCGGAAACCCUCCCCGACAAUAUGGGCGCAGCUAUAGACAACGUUGGUAAGCUGCGGAGGAAGCUGAGGGAUGUCGCCCCAAAUCCUGACCAAGGCCCGAAACGAAUGAAGUGGAUGUCUGGAGUUUGCGAGUCAUGGAGCUUAGAGGAUCUUGUUCAGAUGGACGACAGUGACAUGGACGGUCUUUUAGCCCAUUACGCAUCCGGGAAGAUCCCGACCCUGAAUGAAGUUCGGUCCUCUUGA